UUGGGUCAAUUGUAUUGUUUAUGGUGAUUGUGUUUAUUUUAUACUUGUAUGAGCUUAGCUAGUAAAUUAAAUAAUAAUGUUGGGUACAGGAGCUUAUAUGUCUGAGUUUGUUGACAAAGUCUCGAGCUCCAUUGUGGCUAUUGUUGUUUGGUUUUGGUAGGUGAUCAGAUGUGAUUUAAGUGGAAAGUCAGAGAAACCAAUGUAUAACUAGACCUAAAGAAAAAGAAUUUGUGCAGGAACGGCCAUUUGCUACUAAUUAUAUUUUCAAUUUAUCUGAUACUCUUACCAACCAUACAAGCUGUAAAUAUUCGAAAGGAUCAAACUCAUGGUCUUCGACAGAAUGGAUCUUUACUCCAGAUUAUGGAUUGGAGUGUACAAGCAACCGUAAGCUGGAUGCUUUGUGAAUAUUUUGGCAGUGAGAGUGUGUCUAUUAUUGCGGAAGAAGAUGUCCAAGCUCUAUCAGAACCUGACUCGGAGGGUCUUCUGGGAAUGGUGGUAACCACUGUAAAUGAAGCUCUGGCUAAAGCACCAAUAUAUGGCCUUAAUGGUCCUGGUAAAGCCCUUAUGGCUCCUCAAGUUCUUGAGGCUAUUAGUCGUUGCAAUUCCUCUGGGGGUCCUGUGGGUAAGCAUUGGGUUCUUGACCCUGUUGAUGGGACACUAGGAUUUGUGCGUGGAGAUCAGUAUGCUAUUGCUUUAGCCCUUAUUGAUGAUGGUAAAGUUGUUAUUGGUAUUCUUGGGUGUCCUAAUUACCCGCUGGAGAAGGAAUCACUAAAUUAUCACGACAACGGUCUACACAAAUUUUCUUCUAGUAGUACAUCAGAAGUAGGAUGUGUAAUCUAUACGAGUAAAGGUAGUGGUGAAGCUUGGAUGCAACCACUGAUUCAUGGAAAUGAGGGGCUUCAAGGGCCAAAUUGUGCCAAAUUGAUCAAGGUAUCUGCUAUAGAUGAUCCUGCACUGGCAACAUUUUGCGAGUCUGUGGAGGGAGCUAAUACUAACCACUCCUUCACAGCUGGACUUGCCAAUGGUGUAGGACUCAGAAACAAACCCCUUCGAGUACAUAGCAUGGUUAAAUAUGCAGCAAUUGCUCGGGGUGAUGCUGAAAUAUAUAUGAAGUUUGCAAGAGGCGGAUACAAGGAGAAGAUAUGGGAUCAUGCUGCUGGCGUGCUCAUUGUCCAAGAGGCUGGUGGUGUUGUAACUGAUGCUGGAGGACGACCUCUAAACUUCUCAAGAGGUAUGUACCUAGAAGGACUUGAUCGGGGUAUAGUUGCUUGUUCUGGGGUCAAGUUACAUGAAAAAAUCAUUGGGGCUGUUUAUGCAAGCUGGGACUCUUCUAAUUUAUGAGUCUUCGUUUGACAAUAAAAGCAUUAUAUCAAACAUUGUAACCUUUGGCACCAAAUGGUCCUACGGUUUAUUUAGAUCUACAUUUUGCUGGUGUUUCCAUUUUCUUUUUUUCUUUUUGUUACUUCAAAGAGAGAAUCAGGUUAUAUAACAUGGGGUUCAUUUUGGAGUCGUAACGAACCUAAAUCUGCGAUUCUGCGAAAUAAAAUCCUUUCAAACCGA